AUGGUAAGCCCCCCGAGUAUCCCCUUCGUAAACAUCCGCAAUAUCGAGCUCCUCAACAACCCCGCCAAGUUUGACGACCCGUACAACUUCCGCAUUAAGUUUGAAGCCAUCGCCCCUCUAGUCGAAGAUCUGGAUUGGAGAUUGAUCUACGUUGGAAGUGCUUCAAGUGAGGAGUUUGACCAGGAGCUUGAUAACUGCUCUGUCGGUCCCAUCCCCGCCGGUAUAAACGCUUUCGACUUUUCCGCCCCCGCCCCCCAACAUCACCUCCUCCCCUCUGUCGAGCCCGACGAGAUUCUCGGCGUCACCGUCAUCAUCAUCACUGCCUCUUACCGCGAAAAGGAGUUUGUGCGAGUUGGAUACUAUGUGAACACGUAUUAUGAGGAUGAGGAAUUGAAGGAGAACCCUCCAAGUGUUGUUCAGUGGGAUAAGCUUCACAGAAAUGUGCUUAUUGAGAAGCCAAAGGUGACUCGAUUCCAAAACCCCUGGGACUCUACAGGAGCAGCCUCGGAAUCCCUUCCAGCCGCUGGUACCGAAUUACCAGCUUCAGGCUUCGCCAAUGGUGAACAACUGUUCAAUGCGCCCUUACCUCCUCCUGUGCAGCGGGCUGCGCCUGGAGGUGAUGUUGAAAUGGCGUGA